CAGACUGGUUAGAGGCGGUGCAGUCUGCAGACUGGAUAAUGACAAGCUAUAGGGGUAAAGCUACACCUCUGUUGUUCCAGAGUAGUGUACCAAACACCACCAUUGUGUUAACUUAGCUAGUAAUUACAAGAGAAAAUGACCCCUCUCUCUCUCUCUCUCACAACACUGUCUUCGUGUAUUUUCUAGUCUUUUAAGUGACCUGCUCUCUCUCUCUGAUGCUUACAGCGUUCAGCUUUUCAGACUUCUAACCUUGUCUUCUGUUAGGCAAGGCUUGGCAUCCCCCAGGCUUCUCUGAGCGGAGCAUAACAGGCUUGUCUCCCUCUCUGUCUGUCUAAAACAUUUAUCUCCUCGGCAGCUCAGAGCCUGCAGAGGGAGAGUACACUGUCCUACAGCUGGUCUGGGAGAGGGAGGAAAUAACUUGGCAUUGCAACAGACAGACAGACAUCCUGCAACACGUUGACUCCUGUUCUGCUAUGGAGCGCUGGGUUCUCCUCUCUCUGUCUCUCCUGGUCUACCUGUAUCUGGAGGUGGCUGGAGCUGGGGCCCAGGACCAGAGAGGGCUGGCUGGCCAGGGCAACGGGAGGAGGAGAGGGCCAGGGGGCGCAGAACACAACCAGCUCCAGGGAGUAGGACUAGGACGGGGAAAGAGGAGGAAGGCAGGAGGGCCCGGGAAAGGGAGAGCCAGGGGGAACAGGGACAAUCAGAGAUCAAAAGCCCCCCUGGGUCUGACGAGGCUGGGGAGUCUUCCACCCAACGCAGGAGGAGACAGAGGGACGAGGCUGGGGAGUCUUCCACCCAACGCAGGAGGAGACGGAGGGACGAGGCUGGGGAGUCUUCCACACAACGCAGGAGGAGACAGAGGGACGAGGCUGGGGAGUCUUCCACACAACGCAGGAGGAGACGGAGGGACGAGGCUGGGGAGUCUUCCACACAACGCAGGAGGAGACGGAGGGUCUAUUUUCAUUGAGUCGUACAGGAGUGUUGACGAGAUGAAGUCUAACUACAAUGUAAUCCCAGUUCCCAACGACCCCAGCGACCAUGUGAACCCUGACCAUGACCCCGCCGUGCCCCGCUCCCAGGCCGAGAUCGAACUCCUCUUGAAGAGAGAGGAGGAGGAGCACAGGGAGGAAGAGGCACGUCUUCUCAAGAAGGACGCAGAGAAAAAGAGGAGGAAGAAACAGAAGAAGGAGGAGGCUGAGAGACAGAGGAGUCUGCAGGAGGAGAGGAGUCUGCAGGAGGAGAGGAGGCAGCAGGAGGAGAGGAGGCGCGAGGAAGAGCGGCUGCAGAUGGAGAAGGAGGCAGAGAAGAGGCAGGAGGAAGCAGAGGCGGCCAUGAAGGAGCAGGAAAGGAAGCUGGAGGAGGAGAGGAGGAGACACGAGGAGGACCUGAAGGAGAACCUCAGGGAGCUAGAGGAAGAAGAAGAAGAGGAGAGGGAGCAGGAGGAGGAAGACAUGGAGUGGCUUUUGAGAGGAGAUGUUUUCCAGAUCUUUCCAGAGGAGCCGACCGAAGAGGACCUCCUUACACCUCCCCUAGCCGAGCCCACUGAGAAACAAGAGGAGGAUGGAGGAGCGGAGUGGGGAGUGGUGGCACACGGACCUGGGAACACCCUCCCGUUAGGUUGUGAUAUCUCUGAUGUCAUCGUGACGUGUGAGAACGCCCAGCUGACCAACUUCCCUCCCCUGAACAUCCCUGAACUUAAGUCUCUGAGCCUGGAGGGUAACGCCAUCUCAACCAUCCCAGUGGGGGCGUUCAAUGGUAUCCCCAACCUGGAGUGGAUUAACCUGAGCAAGAACAAGUUGGUGACUUCUGGCAUUGCCCCACGUGCCUUCAAAGGCCUGAAGUUCCUGAGCCGUCUGUUCCUGGACAACAACCUCCUAGAGACGGUUCCAACAGAUCUCCCAUCAACACUACAGGAACUCAAGAUCAAUGAGAACCACCUCAAAGGCAUCGAGGAGAACAGCUUCCAAGGUCUGAGUAGCCUGUUGAUCUUGGAGUUGGAGGGAAACGUCCUGAACGAAGGGAACGUGGAUCAUCAAGCUUUCAGUCCCCUCUCUCAGCUCUCUUACCUCCGUCUGGGCAGAAAUCACUUCAGGACCGUCCCCCAGGGCCUGCCUCCAUCUCUGCUGGAGGUUUAUCUUGAGAACAACCUGAUAGAAGAGAUAUCCGACUGCGUCUUCAACCAAUCCACUAACCUGAACGUGAUCUCACUGAGACACAACAGACUGGAGGAGUCCAGGAUUGCCCCUCUAGCAUGGAUCAACCACAAGAACCUGGAGUCCAUAGACCUGUCCUACAACCGUCUGUACCUGGUCCCAUCCUACCUGCCCAGAGCUCUGAUCCACCUGGUCUUGGUUGGGAACCAGAUUGAGAGGAUACCAGGGUUUGUGUUCGCCCACAUGGUGCCGGGGAUAGAGUACCUGUACCUGUCCCACAACAAGCUGGAUGGGGAGGGAGUGGAGCCACAGUCCUUCUUCGGUGCUCACACCUCCAUGACAGAGCUGUGUUUAGACCACAACCAGCUGAUAACGGUUCCCCCUGGUAUCAACCAGAUGAGCUCUCUGCACUUCCUCCACCUCAAUAACAACAGAAUCAGGACCUUUGCUGAGGAUGCCAUCUGUGACCCUGAGAACAACGAGGACUCCCACAUCGUGAUGCUGCGUCUGGAGAACAACCUCAUCGACCCCAGAAAGAUCUCGCCCAUUGCCUUCUCCUGCGUACGCUCUUACUCUAGCGUCGUCUUGAAACCUCAGUGGACCAAGUAACAGGAUUUGAAAAACUGUGUGGCAGAAUUGCCAAAACAGAUCCCCUUCUUCCUAGGCACCCCUGUAGAUCUGAAAGGCUGGGAUAGGUGGAAACAAUAUGGCGACAUUUCCACACAGCCAAUCACAAGGCAAGAGGAAGCAAUUAUCCUUAUCCUCUCAGAUCAACAGAGCCUGGAAUUCAGCCGCUGUUAUUUUAGCAAAAAAAUCCAAAACCAAAGAAAUUGUCAGUUAAAUCACCAAAAACAAAAACUCCAAACUGUAUCUCAUUGUUAGAGUCAUGCAACACAAUUCAUGUCAACGACUAUAGGAGAGAGAGAGAGAGAGAGACAGAGAGAGAGAGAGAAAGAGACUGUUAGGAAAAUACACCUUCCACUCCUGGUUUUCCAUCUUCUAAAACUCCAUGGAUGGAAACAUUCUUGGGAAGUGAGGCACAGCUUCUUGGACUUGUUCCUAAAAACCUUAAUUUAAAAGAUUGAAGUGUUUGAAUAAGACCUCCUAGUAGAGUUAACCUCAGCAUGAUCUGGUCUGCAUCCCAAAUUGCAAGCUAUUCCCAUAUACAGUGCCUUGCGAAAGUAUUCGGCCCCCUUGAACUUUGCGACCUUUUGCCACAUUUCAGGCUUCAAACAUAAAG